AUGGCAAAAAAAAAGCCCCAACUUCCACAGCCUUCGCAAUCCUCAAGCACAUCGUCGUCUUCGGGGUCUUCUGGUUCAUCCGGAUCAGUGCCAUCGUCGGCUCCUCCAUCGAUACCUUCUUCAGCAGCCUCAAAGAUCUCGUCAUCUUCCUCUACAAAGUCAGCUGUGCCCCACCGCUCGCAAUACUUUCUCAUUCUCAUUCUCGUGUCUCUCAACAAUACCUUUGACCGUAAAACCCUCGUGUUACCAUUCUAUCCUGAAGUACUUAAACUCGGUCGCCAGACAUCGCCAAAGAAUGCCCCUGCUCCAGACAAUGGCUACUUUGACUCACGCGUACUCUCGCGGUCUCACGCAGAGGUGUGGGCUGACAAGGACACAGGUAAGGUUUGGAUCAAGGACUCUAAGUCAUCAAACGGCACCUACAUCAACUCAGUUCGCCUUGGAAAUGAAAAGAGCGAGUCAGAGCCCCAUGAGCUUAAAAAAAAUGAUAUUUUGGAGCUUGGUAUCGAUAUUACCAAUGAUGAACGUACCACGUUUGUCCACCGCAAAAUCUCUGCUCGAGUCGAUCGCAUUGCAAUGAUGUCACUACAAGCCACUCCGGAAAGCCCGUACUCUGUACUUGUUCCGAAUGCUCCAUUUGGUUCUGGUCAAUCGUUUUCCUUUCAAAAUGGUGGUGGAGCAUCUGGUGCUAAUGGCUUUGGCUCUGGUAUCCACGUUAUUGGUAACGGUAGCUCCAACUCUUUAGUAAGAAUGGGUGGCGGUGGUGGCCUUGGUGGCUCUGGCGCGACUCCUGCUGAAAGUUUAGAUGUGACUCUUUUUGGAGAAAUUGAUGCUUCGCUUGAGGAUCUUUCUCUCAACCAUUCACGUAACCUAGUUGGUGGUGGCUUUAUGAGUACAGGCGUGACCUCUACAGCAAUUGUGGAGAAAAUAGUCAAGAGUCUUGUCAAUGAGAUUCACCAUGCCAAGGUUGAGUCUGCAAAAAUCCGCAGUGUUUCCAAGCUGCUUGAACAAAUAUCUUCUAACCAGCAAGAAUCCAAGACCCUUACGGACCGUCUGCCGUCGCUUGAUGUUUACAAACAGCAGAUUGAGGCCCUCACGUUGGACUUGGAGCAGGCCAAAACCGAUAUUGCCCAAAAGGAUGCCGUCAUUGCGGAUCUGGAGCAGCGGCUGCUGGCAGCCUCUACAAGUGACCCCAGUGAAAAGGAUUCCAAAAAGCUUAACAAAGAUGAUAGAGCUAUUGACGAAAAACAUUCAGAUGAAGGCUCUUUAGAGGACAACUUUGAAGGUGGUAAAACAAAUGUUCUAGAAGGAGGAGGGGCAGCAUUAGCAGUGCCGUCUCAAGCAGGAUUGACAACUACAACCACUACUACUACAACUACUACAACUACUGUGCAAGCUCUGGAUUCCGAACAGCAACCCAGAUCUCCGGAUCUUUAUGCCGAUCCAAUUCAUCAACUUUCACCUUCUCUUGACAUUUCCAACCUCAAUCUAAACUCCCCCGCAUUUACAAAACCAGCACAUUCCCUUGCUGCAGGACCCCCAGCAAUUCGUGCCGCUGGAAUCAGCACGGCCUUGGGUGGUGAUCCCAUGGCCAUGGCGGUUGACAUUGACGGCCAUCCAUACAAUGAUGUUUAUGUUGGUGACGAUGAUGAUGAUGAUGAAGAUGAUGAUGUUCGUGUUUCAUAUCCAAAGGAAAAUGAUGUCACAGAAAUCGGUCACGUUCCACGACGUGCAGCUUCCGUCCCGUCGUUGUCACCUCCUCAUAGUCCUUCAAAUCCAUUUACCGAAAUCCGAAGCCUGCCCCAAUCCCCGCGCGGUAUUUUCAAUGCCAGGCCAGUGUCGCCUGCGCGGCCGGUGGUUCGCUCUGUUUCGUCUAGUAUGAAUAUGUUAGGGUCGCGUGGCUAUUCUUCCAAGUACAAGUCAACACCUGCUGCAUCUUCGUCAUUAGCGGCAGCUGCCACUUUGAGUAAUGGGCUUAUUAAAAGCAAGACAAUUGUGACAGUAACAGAGCCGAUGGAUGACGAUGUGAGCACGCCUAAACGUGAGAAUACAGAUCAUAAAAUGAAGGAGCUAGCGCAACAGCUUGCAGAGGCCCGGUGUCAACUUGAAAUUUACAAAAAUCGGGCAGAAAGCGCUGAGAAAAUGGCCAUGGAGUCGUCUAAGAUGAUUGGUGAACUGUCGCUUAAAGAGCAGGCUUGCCCAAGGAGCUCGACGGAAAAGCCACAAGAGCAAGACGAAAAGCCAGCAGCAUCUCAGGCUAGCGUUGAAGUUCAACCUCCACAUCUGCCUUCUCAUAAUCAGAUUGUGUUGCCCCCACAUUUGCGUGAUGUUUACAACAAAUAUAGCCAUCAAGUUACUGCCGGUGCAAUGGUGGCAGCGGGAAUUUCUUUAUAUUAUGUGAUAAAAUCGUUUUCAUCAGGCGAUUCUCAUUAA